AUCGGCAAAUAUCCACGCAACAGCGAACUGCUGUAUUAUCAAGUCUCCGUAAGUCGCCGCCGCAAAAGUUCAUCAUUCUUCAUUUUGCCACACAGCAACAACUUCAAACCCUCCCAACCACACCUUUUCAACCAUGUGCAUCCCCAUUUGCUGCCCGUGCGACGGCGACGACAUGUGUUGCUGCCUUUGCGGCUCGCUCACCGCGUGCUGCUGUUGUGGAGGCGGCAACGACCGCCGCGACGACCGCCGCCACCAACCACCCCCGCCCCAGCGCGUCGUCUACGUGCAGCCCGUUGUUGUCCAGAAAGGUCCUCCGCGCCACCACCACCACGGCCGCUACUAAGUGACACAAGACGUUAGACACCAGGAAGACCGUCACAACCAGCCCAACGGCGUUGCAAUGACACCAACAUCGCUGUUACCGACCAAGCAAGUGACAAUGUUGAUAAAAAAGAAUUCCAAGUUGCAAACGUGCAACAAGUGUACAGUACGAUAGGAACGUGUACAGAUAAAAUUCAAUUCAUUUGCCUCGAACGAAGAGGAAAACAUUU